UUAUAGAGGUUCUUUGGUAGCAUCUCGUAGCCCUGCUAGCGUUAGCUAGCUUAGCUAUAAGUGUUUAUGAAAUAUUGAUUAGCUAGAUAGACGAGUUUGUAAAAGGAAAACUAGCACAUAGCAGUAUAACCUGGGCGGGUCUGUGUUUUUAACAGUGAAAUUAUUAUUUAUACAGUAGUUUAUUUGGUCAGGCAAGCAUUAUCUUGCUAGCUAAGCUGGGCUAAGGUAAUUUAGUAGCUAGUUAGCCAAGCUAGCGGAGUUAACGUUCGCUAGCUAGCGCAGGUUAGCUAGUUGGGUUCAGUAGCUCGGAGUUUUGGGUUUCUGUGUGAUUUCUCAGCUUCGCAACCCCUGUAGAAUGACUUCGGCUUCCACUAAAGUGGGUGAAAUCUUCUCGGCUGCAGGCGCUGCCUUCAGUAAACUGGGGGAACUGACCAUGCAGCUGCAUCCUGUGGCUGAUUCCUCUCCAGCUGGAGCUAAAUGGACAGAGACUGAAAUUGAAAUGCUGCGGUCGGCUGUAAGGCGUUUUGGAGAUGAUUUAAACAAUAUCAGCUCAGUCAUUAAGGAACGAACAGUUGCUCAGAUUAAGAGCACAGUGAAGCGGAAGCUCUAUGAGGACAACCGUGUUCCCCUCUCAAUAGAGCCCCCUAAAAAAACUGUAAAGAAAACUACCGUGGCGGCAACCGCGUCACCAAUGGCAUCAACCGUUAUUUCCGUUCCAACGUCGCAGGUUGUCGUGACAUCAGGCCUCCAAAGUGCUACAAUCAAGAAAGCAAAAACAGCAGAUGUUACACUCAGCGCACUAAAUGACUCAGAUGUCAAUAGCGACUUGGUGGCUAUUGAAGGACUUGGAGAGGGUUCUACCAAAAGGCCCAACUUUGAUCAGGAGAGUCUCAGUUUGGAUUCCAGUCUCAUAAUGAACUCUGGUGAUUUGCCUCUACUUUCACGAUGAACGUCAUAAAUGGCUUCUUGUCAGGAUGGAUCAAUUCUGCAUGUGGAUGUACAGAUACAUAUUUACUGCUCUUUUAGUGAUGCUCUGAUCUUGUCUGUUUCUGCAAGUUUGUACAGUUUGGGAUUGUUUUCUCUGCUUGGAUUCUCACAAACAUGUUUCACAUGUCAUAUUUUGCUAGUUUGGUAUCGAUUCCUCAUGUUACUAGAUAAGUCCAUUCAAAGUGGAGACAAGGUCUAUGCUUAUUGGCUAGCUCAAUUUAAGCUUAUACAGAAGAUACCAUAGUUUUGUAGUUGUGAUUUUUAUCAUAUUUUUAAAUGUUUAUUUUCUCAGAGAUGUGACUGUGUAUGUAAAUAGUGUGCACAUUUACCACUUAAGCAUAUUACCAUACUAACUGGUCAUGUAAUGAUAAUCUUUUAUCAUGUGAACCUUUUUGGAAAAAGUGGACCCUGAUGUGUAAUUUAGUAUCGAAUAAAGACCCAUUUUUUAAAUACA